AUUUAGGAGCCAUCAGCCCCAACACAGUAACCCAGUCAUCUCACUCUAACUAUGGACGAAGUAGAACUGGUUUUAUGUACUCACUGCAAAAAAGAGGUGGCAAAGGCAAACUAUGACCUGCACGAACCACACUGUAAGAGGUUUCUGUGUAUAUGCCCUGACUGCGAUGAAACCGUGCCUCGAGAUCUACUGGAGCAGCAUAAAACCGAACAGCACACAGAGGUAAAAUGUAAGAUGUGCAAUAAAAAGAUAGAACAAAGGCAUCUGUUGGAUCAUGAGAAAGAUGAGUGCUCUGAGAGGCCUCAGAUCUGUGAGUUUUGUCAGCUUGAGCUUCCUCUGAGCAAUCUAAAAGAGCACGAAGUGUCCUGUGGGAGUCGCACAGAGCGCUGCUCUGACUGUGGCCGGUACAUUAAACUAAUGGACCAAAUUGAUCAUGCUCAGAUCUGCUCUACUAACACCCCCACAACAUCAAAGGACCUUGUCCCUGAGGAUGAUACUUCUGACACAGAUGAGCAGACUAUGUUGCAGUGUCAAAACUGUCUGAAGUACAUUCCCUCAGACAAGCUGAAAGAACACAAGAUGCUUUGCACACAGUCCUUACGGUUUAUAGACGUCAAGGAUGAUGACUCAGAGGAAGAGGAUGAAAACCACAGUCCUGGAAAUGACAGCACUCCAGACGCUGCAGAUUUCUCCUUCUCAUCAUUGCAAAAGGUGAAGAGAGACAGAAACAUUGGCAUGGGCCUGGAUAAGAUAAGCACCUGUCCGCUCUGUCACCUGGCUCUUCCUGUAAAGACGCUGGAAUGGCAUGAGAAAAAAUGUGAAUUACACAGACAUCUGAGCAUGGCAUGAUAGAUGGUGAAAUCAAAG